GAGGCGGUGCUGGGGGGCUGGCUCGGGCGGCAGCGUCGGCAGCUGCGGAUGGGAGCGGGCCGGCUCGGCGCGCCUAUGGAGCGCCAGGGCAGGGCUGCCGCCACCUCAGCCGCUGCCGGCGAGUCGGCGUCCGCUGAUGCCGAAGCGCGGAGGCGGGAGCCGCUCAGGCGUCGGGCGAGUAGCGCGGCGCCGCCGGGGUCCGGGGCGGCGGAGGGCGUGAGACGGGAACGGCCUGGCUCUCUCAGCGGCACCGCCUCGGUCGUCCGCCCGCGCGGCGAGGGCCUCCGGAAGAGGCGGCCGCAUUUUCCAUGGUUUGGCUUGGAUAUUGGUGGAACCCUAGUAAAGCUGGUUUAUUUUGAACCUAAAGACAUCACUGCUGAAGAAGAAAAGGAGGAAGUGGAGAGUCUGAAAAGCAUUCGCAAGUACCUGACCUCCAAUGUGGCUUAUGGAUCCACAGGAAUCCGGGACGUGCACCUUGAGCUGAAGGACCUGACUCUGUGUGGACGCAAAGGCAAUCUGCACUUUAUACGCUUUCCCACUCAUGACAUGCCUGCUUUUAUUCAAAUGGGCAAAGAUAAAAACUUCUCGAGUCUCCACACUGUCUUUUGUGCCACUGGAGGCGGAUCAUACAAAUUUGAGCAGGAUUUUCUCACAAACAUUAACCAGGUCGUAUUUGUCGGCAAUUUCCUGAGAGUCAACACAAUCGCCAUGCGACUUCUGGCGUAUGCUCUGGAUUACUGGUCCAAGGGGCAGCUGAAAGCACUGUUUUCGGAGCACGAGGGUUAUUUUGGAGCCGUUGGUGCACUCCUUGAGCUAUUGAAGAUACCCUGACUGCUACUCAGAGGACUUCCUGAAACCUACCACAGGGGCAUCUAUGGACCUUUUUUUUUCUUUUUCUUUUUAAGAGACGUUUUAUGAUCGUGUACUACCCAAAUCAGAGCAAGAAACAAAUGUAUUUUUCUAAGUCAUCAAGAUAAAUUCUUAAAAUUUUAUCUAAUCUGGCAACCAGUAAAGAAUUUCUUUCUUUCCCUGUGUAGACAGUAUGAAGAUUUGCUGCUUAUAAGCUGCUGUUAUAUGUGCUAGUACAUGCCUUUAAUCCCAGCACUUGGGAGGCAGAGGCAGGAGGAUCUUUGUGAGUUCAAGGCCAACCUGGUCUACAAGAGCUAGUUCCAGGACAGGCUCCAAAGCUAGAGAAACCCUGUCUCAAAAACAAAACAACACAACAACAAAAUAAGCUGCUGUUCUUCAGAUCAGCACUAUUAACUCCAAGGUGCUUUGAACUCCCAAUAUCAGCUGCUAUGUAUGCAGUGGAGAGCUGUCUGUACUUCUCAGCAGCAGGUGACAGCUUAUCCUGGUGAAAUGUGUGUUAGAAUCUAACCAAUGGCUGGAUGUAUGUAGGUGAGCCAGGAGGUGCUGAGGGUUGGUUUCAGAGUACCUGGUUUUGAUAAUCCCCAGAGCAUGAGGGCAUUUGAAGAAGAGACCAAGUAGAGGAUGUGAAUAUAGGUGGGAAUGUGAGGAGUCAGUGAAUCCCCAGAACAUGAGAAAAGAGAUAGUAGUGAAGGAACAGGCUGUAGGGAAAACAACCUGAGGUAAAAGGUCCUGGGGGUCAGAGAGCAAAGUGCUCAACAGGUACUUGAUAGAAGGCAUAGAAGAGUUGGUUGCAAGGUUGCCGUGGUGAAGCCAUGGGCUGGAGCUGGGCAGCAGAGAGCUGCUCACUGCUUUGUGUUAGCAGAGGAAAGCAGCUACGUUUACAGAACUUUGAGUGUUAAGGUUGGGGCAAGUACUAGGAGUGUUGCGUACUAUCCAAGGACAAAGCUAUACAUCAAGUCACCCCAAGUGACUAGUCACAGUAGGAAUGGAUGGUGUGGUCUGGCUUCUUGCUGUCACUGAGACCUGAUGUGAUUUCCCCACCUUACCCCAUGUUGAAGGAGGAUAGGUCAGAGGUUGUUCAGUCUAUCCGUUUCAUGCUCACCGUUUCAGGUACAUAUUACAAAGUAUUUCAAAAUCUGCCCUUUAUUUACAUGUGUUUGGGUCAAUUACAUGCAUGUUUUAUUUUUUUAACAAGUGAUUAGCAAAAAAAUGCAUUAAAGUUUUAAAAUAGCAAUUAAAUAUACAAAAAUAUAGCUUACAAAAACCAAUAUUUAAAAAUAUUCUGCUGCAGAAUUCUUAGUGUACAAACAGUCUAUGAAACCUGAGGCUCAGCAUUUCAUAAACCUUUUUGAGGGAGUUAUAUCUAGUAAAUAAGCCCCAAAGGGCUAAACUACAAGACUAAAGUGCCACUCCCCUACUUUCCUGGCAAUGACUUGUCAAGAGACCCAGAGGUACCAGUUCCAGGCCAUCACCAGGAAGAUGUCCUGCUUCUCCACAUCAGCCAGGCUGGAGUGGAGUAGGUGGUGCUGAGGUUUCAACCGUGCAAGUCCCUUAACACUGGUGGGUCCAUGUUCUUAGCUAUAUCGUGCCUUUGAAACAGCAAGGGUGUUCUCCCUGACCGUGUGAACAAAGGAACUAAGACUGGAUACUUGCUUAGUCUAACUAGAAUAAAAGCAUCUUGAAGCAAUUUGAGUUCUAAAAGCUGAACUUGAAAACGGGCUAGUGUUUGACUCAAUUAGUGUACCCAAGUCUGUUAAUUUUAUUAAAAAGCUUUUACUUGGCAUUUCAGGUCCUCAUCUCUAAGAUUUAGUUAGAUACUGUGAUGCUUCCAUUUUCAGUAAUUUUUUUAAAAAAUUGACUUUUAUGUGUAUAAGUUGGCUUGAAUGUAUGUGUGUGUACACCUGGCGUCUCAAAUGCCAGAAGAGAUCUCCAGGAAUUGAAACUGAGCCACCACGUGGGUGUUGGGAACUGAACCUGGGUCCUUUGGAAGAUGAGCAUCUGCUCUUAAGCAAUUAGCCAGGCUAGAGGUUGCAUGAAGGAUGAGUUCAUCUUGGGUGAGCACAGGGACACUUUACUCACUGGGCUGUGCUUGGGCAGGGGAACAGGUGGGUGAGUGAGUGGGGAAGAACUUUGGGUGGUGGAUGCUGAAGAGCAAGGCACAUGUCUGCUCUCCCUUAUGGUUGCCUAGAGGAGGCUGCUUUAAUUUUUACCUUAGGAGAUGGCAAAAAUGAACUUAGGAGUGAUUUCUGUUAAUCAGAAAGUUGGGUGAGGGGAGCAUUUUUGUAGGAAGCAUUUGCUUCUGUGGUGUCUCAUUUGUAGACACUU